ACGGGGUGCUCUGGGAAGCAAAUCAAUCUUGAUUAGGUUGGGGGCCACUUGUAUAGGUUAUCUGUCUGCUCGCCCAGAGAGUAAACCAGUCUUGUGAAACUACAGGCUGGGCUGUAAAGUACAAAGGUUCCGUCUGUUUUGUCAUUUUGGAGUGUUCAUCAGUGACAGGUAGCCUGUUGACUCGCGAGGGCUAAUUUCACUUCAGGCUGAACUGCCUCUCGGUGGCAUUUUGAUUUACUACAAAGAAACUCACAGUCGACGUUACAAUGUUGCCAUCCAGAAGCGUUUGGAUUUGUAUCCAGAGGGAAAAGAAGCACAUAUGCCAUCGCAGCAGCCAACAUGUUACGGGACUUCUGAAGUCUAGUGGCUCUCCUGUAAUCACCCCAUCUCCGCUCUCCUCAUUUUCCUUCAGCAAAUCUCUGUCCGGACUCUCAGCAGCUCGCCGGGGACUCAUACAGCGCAAAAUGUCCGAGAACGGGGUGACGGCGCGGAGGAGCAAGGUGUUGACCAUUGAUACCAUGAAUGCAACCGUGAAGAAAGUCGAGUAUGCAGUCAGGGGACCGAUUGUACAACGCGCCGUGCAAAUAGAGAAAGAGCUUAAAGAGGGUGCAAAAAAGCCGUUUACUGAGGUCAUCAAAGCCAACAUCGGGGAUGCCCAUGCCAUGGGUCAACAGCCAAUCACCUUCUUCAGACAGGUCCUGGCCCUGUGCUCUUAUCCAGAGCUGCUGAAGGAUGGCAACUUCCCAGAGGAUGCUAAACACAGAGCCCGUCGCAUUCUGCAGGGAUGUGGAGGGGAAAGUAUUGGAGCGUACAGUGGCAGCCAAGGCAUCGAGUGCAUACGGCAGGAUGUGGCCCGCUACAUCGAACGUCGGGAUGGCGGGGUGCCCUGUGACCCAGACAAUGUCUUCCUCUCCACGGGCGCCAGCGAUGGCAUUGUGACCAUGCUGAAGCUGCUGGUGGCGGGCGAGGGCCGGAGCCGCACCGGGAUCAUGAUCUCCAUCCCCCAGUACCCGCUCUACUCGGCAGCCCUGGCCGAGCUGGGAGCCGUGCAGGUCAACUACUACCUGGAUGAGGAGAAGUGCUGGGGCCUGGACAUCAGUGAGCUGCAGCGCUCUCUAGAGGCCGCCAGGCAGCAUUGCAACCCCCGCGCGCUCUGCAUCAUCAACCCGGGCAACCCCACGGGCCAGGUUCAAAGCAGGCAGUGCAUUGAGGAUGUGAUCCGAUUCGCUGCCAAAGAGGAUCUCUUCCUUAUGGCCGACGAGGUGUAUCAGGAUAAUGUGUAUGCAGAUGGUUGCCAGUUCCAUUCCUUCAAGAAGGUCUUGUUUGAAAUGGGACCAGAGUAUUCCAACACUGUGGAGCUGGCAUCCUUCCACUCCACCUCCAAGUGCUACAUGGGAGAGUGUGGUUUCCGAGGGGGCUACAUGGAGGUGAUCAACCUGGACCCCGAGGUGAAGGAGCAGCUCUCCAAGCUGGUGUCCGUGCGCCUGUGCCCCCCCGUCCCCGGCCAGGCCCUCAUGGGCCUCGUGGUGAACCCGCCUCAGCCUGGGGAGCCCUCCUACACCACUUUCAUGAAGGAGCGCACUGGCGUGCUGAGCACCCUGGCGGAGAAGGCCAAGCUGACGGAGCAGAUCCUGAACACGGUGCCAGGCAUCGCCUGUAACCCGGUGCAGGGCGCCAUGUACUCCUUCCCCCGCAUCACGCUGCCAGAGCGCGCCGUCAAGGAGGCAAAGGAGAAAGGGCAGGCUCCAGACAUGCUGUACUGCAUGAAGCUGCUGGAGGAGACGGGGAUAUGCCUGGUCCCAGGGAGUGGCUUUGGCCAGAGAGAUGGCACCUACCACUUUAGAAUGACCAUUCUACCUCCAGUUGACAAGCUGCAGAUUCUGCUCAGCAAAUUGAAGGAGUUUCACCAGAGAUUCACCCAGCAGUACUCCUAAUAUUGAGGUCUCUGUGACCAGUCAGUGAGAGCCUUCUUAACUCAUUUGACCAAUCAGAGGCACCCAUCUUAAAUUACUUGACUUGACCAGCAAGUGCCACAAUUAUUAACUCACCGGGUGCCUUGCUCAGGGCCAUUUUACUGCCAAACACAGGGCAUGUAGGGGCUACGGUUAUGCCAGAAAGGAAUCAAGUUUGCUUAGCUCUAGCUAUCCUUUGACCUUCUGAUUAACAUGGAUAUGAGGCGGCAUUUUUAUUUGUUUUUAAAAAUGAGAUUCAAUUUAACGUAUCGAUUAGACUUAGCUGAUAUAUUACACUAAGUCUUCACAUAGAGGGAAUGGCACCAACUGACCUGAAAAGUGUGAUGUGUGUAUGUUUAUGUAUGUAAGUGUGUGUGUGUGUGUGUGUGUGUGUGUGUGUGUGUGUGUGUGUGUGUGUGUGUGUGUGUGUGUGUGUGUGUGUGUGUGUGUGUGUGUGUGUGUGAUAGAAGGAGAAAGAUACAGUGAGAGAUAACUGUGACAACACUAUGUGUGUAUAAUUUUCAAUGUCACUCUUUUGGUACUGUAAUGUGGCAGACUACAUCAGGAACAUAUUCCAGGACGAGAUUAAAAGUAUGCACAUGGUGGAUAUGAAGGAUAAUGACAUGUCUAAAAGAAACGAAAAUGUGGCAUUACAUUGUUGUGCAAUUGUGCCUUCUUUGUGUAAACCAGUGUAUAGCUGUUUUAUACAUUUUUGUGAUUAAAAAUGUAUUCCUUC